AUGUCGUCAAAUUAUCCACCUACCCCAUCGUUUGGAGCCCACUACCGUCCCUCUCAGCAGUGGGCCCCAGACUUGUCUUCUGCAUCGUCAGUCGAGGCAGCUCAUGGAUACCACCAACCUCAAGCCCCUAUUCCUCUUCCCCCUCCCCCCCAACCUUUGGGGGCCAAUAGCACUUCUGACUUCAAUAUCAAUACUCAGAUUCCAGGCCUCUCGGGAAAUAAUAGUGACCAUCUGGCUUACACUCCACCCUUUCCCUAUAUGCCUCCGUUUCGCCAUACUCCUCACCAGGCAGAUACUUACCCACCGACCUUUGGUGCCGCUUCCCUAGGCUACCCUCCCCAGGGUAUUGCCCAACAGCCUCAACAAAACGGUCAAUCUGAUAUCGCACCUGCAAUCGUAGUGGGUUCUGCGCUAAAAGAAAAUAAGCCUGCGUGUUUGGAUGCGAUUGAGUCCCCGGAACUUAUGGAUCUUAGCGAUCGGGAGGAAGGGGAGCUAAGCAAUGGGGAGAUAGAAGAAGAGACAGAUUCUUCUAAGUCUGAUGGCUACCAAAACCGUCAACUCAAAGAUGCCAAUUCGGGGCCAUACCCUCCAUUAUAUAAGCCAGAUGAACGACUUAAGCGGUUUAGUGUCGUUGAUACCCCGGGUAUUCGCGAUGGUUCACCAUCGCCUCAACAGUCAGCUGACCGAGUCGCAGAGCCUUUUCCUCAUCCCCAUCAAUCAAGUGCCCAGCACCCACAGAAAGCUCAACUGCAUUCAGAUAAGCCAGUAAGGCUUCCGCCCUAUGAGCCGACUAAGAUGGAUUCUGGAUACUCUGCCCGGGACCCAAGAUCUAACCACCUAGCAGGAACCACAAAUCCAUGUGAUUCAUUGCACGCUGCUUCCAUUCAGUCACCAACCCUACAUGACAAAACAACUAUUAAUAACAACGGGACCCGCGCUUUACCUAUAUAUAGCAAGACCCCAGCACAACUUCGAGUUCAGGCGCUAGGAGCGUUGCUAGGUUUAGCUCCGCACAAUAUAAAAUUUGAUGAACUUGUGAAUGAAGGCGUCGACCCGGUUAUUCUCAAACGACUUUAUGAGGAAAUUGGGCUCAAAGUUACAUCCACACAGAAGCCUGCAUCUCAGCCUGUCACUUCUAAUGAGUCAAAAGGGGCGAUGGCUGAUCCACUGACAAAAACUCCAAUCGCCCCCGAUCCAACACCUCGGCCAGUGAGCCAAGGCUUUCUAGGUGAACCUGGCCGCGAGCCGGUCAGCAUAUCGGCUCUCAAACCCACACAAGAGGCAACAACUGUGCCGGUUACAAAUGCUAGCAAGCCUAUGGAACGCAAGGAUUUGAUUGCCCAGAUGCUUGCAGCCAAAGCAGGAAAACCAUCUGGUAACUUAGAGCCAGGGAAAUCUGAAGAUUUAAAGGAAUUAAUAGCCCCACAAAAGCAGCUGACCCUUCCUAGCAAUGAUACGCAUAAAGAUGCUAAAGGACCGGCACAGAAAUCGCUGCAACAAACUGCCAGUGAGACCCGCGCAAAAGAGAAGAAUAAAGCCCAAACGGAAUUGGCUAGACAGCGAAUGGAACAACUGAAGAAGCAAGGUCUUUUGAGAACCCAAACUCGACCAGUUGUCGAAUCCCCAGUUGCAACCCAAUCAAUUCCCGCCAGCGCUGGACCGGCUCUCUACCAAAAAAAUCCAAUUCAACCGUCCCCAUCUCACACUCUCCAAACUCGCCCAUCCUUGAGUCAUCCGCUACCUUCUCGCCCUCCCGAACCCGAGCCACCCUCGCCUGCUCGCAUCCCUGGUUUGUUUAUGACGAGUUCGGAACCUCCCAAGGUUGAGAGGCCUUCCGUUUCUAAUGGUGACUCGAUCGAGUCAACCCAGCCAUUGUCGAGGAAAAUACGUAGCCCCCGAAAACGCCCCAGAGCGUCCGAUUUUACCGAUGAUCCGAGCCCCAUUCCUCCAAAGAGAAAAUUUGCCGAAGAAGGGAGAGCGGCGAGCCCCCAGCUCAAGGUAAUUAUCGAUAUAAGUGAUGACGAAUUUAUUUAUGGGUCAGACAUCGAUGCUCCUGUGCCAGAGCGAUCUGCAUCUGGACCUGCCAUCGCCGGCUCGGACGGGCAUGCGACAUCGACUCUCCUGCCAUCUAGGGAUUUCCCUCCUCUCUCCGACUCUCAUUCACGAAAUUACUCUCAUCGCUCUACUCCAGCAGUAUCUCUACCACAAACACCUGGCCGAGUCAAAGAACAGGAUGAUCUACACGUCAAACACAUGGAAAUAUUGGCCAUGCGCCGGAAAAUAGCUGAACUGGAGAAAAGGCAAAAAGAGAAACUGUCUACAAGCCGGUUAGAUUCGCCGGGCGCCUUAGUUCGGCAGACUACAACCUCGGCUGAAGAAAAUGGGUCCGUUAUAACGACUCAGGGGUUGCAAUGGAAGUCCACAGUGGCAGCUUUACCUGACAAACCCCCUUCAAGUCAGCAUGGGAAUUCGUCGGUCGUUCUCAGCAACCCUGAAGGGGUAAUGAAUCCAGGAGCUCAAUCAACACCCAAUUCCGUUAGUUCGAUGCGUAUUCAGUUAGUUCUGUCAGAGACUCCUUUCGAUUCCAACCAGAUUGAAUCGAUACGCAAAAAGUUCAUGCGGAAAAAGGAGAUAGAGUCUGGACUACCCGCACUUGAGGCUGAACUGCAGAGAUCGGAGGCGAGAUUAUUACAAUUUCGUGAGGAGGAACAGAGGCUUUUGGCUGAAAUCGAGAAAGGAAGAGCUGGAAAACAGCGUCUGGUCGAAGAACUGGACGCUCUUGGAAUUGAAACAGCAGAAUUGUCUAUUGAAGAGCUCCAAGCGACCAAGGACCGUCUAGAGGAGGCAGGUGAGAAUGGAGAUAAUGACCAAGUUCCACCCCAAACUUCUCCGAUGGAUUCUGUCGUAAGUGGUGCGCAAAUCACUGAAGAUUCAACUGGCGGGGGGGUAGUUCAAGAUCAUGAAUUCACUUCAACUGUCCAACCGUUAACCGAAGAGCCAGCAGUGACAGUCAAGCGUUUUGAGAAUGUCCCAAAAACAUCUCAAGAAGCGAUAGAUAUGAGAAUUCCAUCCUCCAAGGAAAACGAGGAGGACAUUUCCCCCGGCGACAUGGCGGACGACGGGACAUCAUGCUCUAGCUCUGCUAUGGAUGAGUCGAUGGGUCACACAGAGGAUCUGUUUGCCGAAGAGGAGGCGCAAGAGCAGUUGGAACCGUUAAUAGAAAAAGAUCAGUCGCAUUCUUCUGAAUCCAUGGUACACGCAGUUAUGACCGAUUUAGAGGAGGAGCCGUCUCAAACAAGUGGGUCUCCUAGGCCUCUCUGUACCACCUCGGAGAACCAAGCGGCUCAUUUCAUGCAUCAAGCAGAUAUCACUGACGAUUCAAUGAAUUCCCGGGAAUCUUCAGUUGGGUCAGAUGUAUAUGAGCCACCUGAACCUGAAUUUGUUCCCCAAAAUUCCCAUCCCAUAGUCUCACCACCCUUCGGCUCCGCUUCGCCAGACAAUGAUAGUACAGAAAACCAUUCGGCUCCCGACUCUCUCUCAUCUCAACCUUCCCGAGAUGUUAACGCACUAAUUCUAGACACACAGGGAUCUAUGACUGAACCUUGCCCGGAUCCCACCAAGGAUAACGAGGAUACAAGGCGUGUAAAUCACUAUUUCACUCCAUAUAACAGCCCUUUGAAGCUAUUUAGGGCCUAUCGAUAUCAUCCUCGUUUUACAGAAGAUAUAAAUGGGGGUUUUCGUUCGUUAACUUACAGCCACAAAAUCGAUCCGCACAACUAUAUAUGCCCAUAUGAAGCCGCAGGUGGAUCUUGUAACGACCGUUCGUGUGAAUAUCAACAUUUUCGAGAUAUGGCCUUGAGCGAGGACAAAAUACUUGUUGAAAUGGGCUCCGUGAGAGAAGGCAAGACUCCCGAAGAAAAAGAGGAAUAUGUUGCGGGACUAAAGCAGACCAUCAACGAUAUGCGCCGCGACAAGGUGAAAGACUUCAACACUGUUGCGAUGGAAAUUGCCGGCUACCGUAGACGAUUCCUGGAUGACCCCUCCCGAGUUCUGGCCUUGUAG